CAGUUUUUCGAAACGACACGCAUGGUCCCACUUAUUACAAAACCAAACCCCAUUAUGCAAAAGCUCCCUUCUUUUGCCUAAACUCUCAGCUUUCACUUUAUACACACAACAAAACUUUAGUUCUUUUCUUAUUUAACUCAAAACCAUUACACAUUUCCAAAUUUCCUUUCCAUGAUCACAUAAUUCAUGUCUCCUUUACCUCCUCCACCGCCGUCUCAACCACCGCCUGAAACGCCGCCAUGGGACACACCGUCUUCUGUAUGGUAUACUCCAAGAACCACGCCGUGGAGAACACCACAUAGCACACAGUCCACACCACUUAACCAAAAAACGCCGGCAGUUAAAUUCAACGGUCUUGAUACAGAGCCGAGGGAAGAUAGGGUGAUUCUCCGGCAGCCACGGAGCAGCAGGACCAAUCCGUUGAUAUGGUGUGUAGCUGGUUUAUGUUUUGUGUUCAGCCUUGUGCUUAUCUUCUUCGGGAUAGCUACUUUGAUCGUGUUUCUUUCGGUUAAACCAAGAACCCCUGAAUUUGACAUCCCAACCGCGAGUCUACACACUAUCUACUUCGACUCGCCGGUGAGUUUCGACGGCGAUUUAUCGAUGAUGAUGAACUUCACCAACCCCAAUAAAAAGAUAGAAGUGAGGUUUGAGAAGAUUAAAAUAGAGCUCUUCUUCUUCAAUAAACUGAUUGCGGUGCAAGGGGUCCAGCCGUUUUCGCAGAGAAAGCGGGAGAUAAGGUUGGAACCAAUCCGUUUGAUCUCAAGCUUGGUCUACUUGCCUGUAAACCAUGCGGUGGAGCUCAGUAGGCAGGUGCAGAACAACAAGAUAGAAUAUCGGAUUAGAGGUACCUUUAAAGUCAGAGCUCAUUUUGGGUUGAUUCAUUACUCUUACUGGCUGCACGGAUGGUGCCGACUUCAGAUGACCGGUCCACCAACCGGAAUCCUAAUUUCUCGUAACUGCACUACAAAGAGACGAUGAAGAAGAUGAAUAGGUUGUCCCAGUCAACUUCAAAGUCUAUAGCUUUGGUAUGUUAUUCAAGUAUAGAUCUAUUUUUUGCUUACUCACAAAAUGUAUAAAAGAACAAGACCUUGUGAACUCUAGCCAAGAACAGAGAUCGGAGUUUGUAGUACAAUUUUCAAAAUAAAAAAAUGAAAAGAUAUUAUGUUUCUUGGUAA